AUGAGUAUAUUUCAAUUUAUCGCUGAAGAUAGCUGGCUGCUGCGAUUGAUUGCUAACCACAUCGGCUACUUUUCAUUUGCUAUUCCAGUUUUAAUCAUUUUGAUUAUUUCGAAAACAACGGCUUAUAAAAGAUGGCCACAACCGAUUCGAGGUGUGAUCAGUUUUCUUAUUCGUAUUUUAAUAUCAGAUCCAUCCCAUUCCACGUUGCCAGAUGGCAGUAAUAGAGGUGUAUCAGCAGCACUAGUCAAACCGAUUCCAACAGCACCAAAUUUUACUCGUCACAGAAUCUUCAAAUUCAUUUUCUCAUUUAUUGGCCUUCAAAUUUCCUAUGUGUUAUGGGGUCUAUUACAGGAACGUAUGAUGACUCGUACAUACGACGAUGAAAAAUUUACGAAUUCUCAAUUUCUUGUUUUUGCUAAUCGACUUUUAGCUAUGAUGGUUGCUUUUAUAUCGAUGAAAAUCUUUUAUCCAGUGGAAAAAUCAACAGCAACAGGACCACCCUUGUAUCAAUAUGGUAUUGUAUCAUAUGCUAAUUGUAUGUCAACAUGGUUUCAAUAUGAAAGUCUUUUAUAUAUUAGCUUUCCUGUUCAAGUUAUUGCUAAAAGUGUUAAAACGAUACCAGUUAUGAUUCUUGGAAAAUUUGUCUCAGGGAAAACAUAUCCAUUAAGACAGUAUUCAUUGAUGUUAUUGAUGGCUGUUGGUAUUGCACUUUUUCUAUCGGGUUAUAGUGAAAAUCAUACUGGUGCAAUAUCAUCGAAAAGAGCUAAACAAAGCAUAACAACAUUCAAUGGAUUGAUUUUACUGAUAUUUUAUUUAAUUUUUGAUGCUUUUACAUCCAAUUAUCAAAAACAUCUAUUUGAUCAUUAUUCAAUAUCGUUUCUUCAUAUGAUGUUUUCUGUCAAUAUUAUUUCAACAGUUCUUACGCUUACAUCUCUUGCUCUUAGUGGUACUCUAUUUGAAUGCUUAUCUUUUCUGCAACGACAUCACCUAUUUAUGAUCCAUGUAUUCGCAACAUCAGUAUGCUCAUCGAUUGGGCAGCUAUUUAUAUUUUCAACAAUACAAGAAUUUGGUCCAGUUAUGUUUACAAUUAUAAUGACCAUGCGACAAGCACUGAGUAUUCUUCUAUCGUGUCUAUUUUACGGUCACCAAUUAAGUUGGAUUUCGGUUGUUGGCAUCAAUGUAGCGUUUUCAGCUAUUCUUACUCAUGCAUUUAUUCAAUUCAAAAGAAGCAAACAAUUGAAUAGUAGUAUCGUUUAG